AUGACAUCGGAGAAGAUGCAAGAAUGGCUGUCGAGAGUCUGAGGCCCAAACGUCGACGACGUGCGAUGAUUAUUGGUACUGGACCAGGCGCCCAUUCACAAAACGCAAGCUGCGAAAAAUGCCUUCGAGGAGUACGAUACCGACGUGCUUUAUGUGCCUGCAGGGUGCACGAGCAUCCUGCAGCCUGCCGACGUUUAUUGGAAUAAGCCAUUUAAAUCCACCCUGCGGCGUUUGUGGGAGCAAUAUAUGCAUGAGGAAGAGCGAACCCCAAAGGGAAACUUGAAGAAGCCGUCGCGGCAACAAGUGCUUGAUUUUGUUGCCGAGGCGUGGGCCGCUGUACCCGACGAGACAGUGGCACGAUCCUUCAAGGGGUGUGGCAUUAGCAACGCACUCGAUGGCUCAGAGGACGGCGACCUGCAUAGCAGACUGGCAGAUGUUGGAGCCGUGGUGCCAGAAGACUGGGGCGGACUUCAAGCGGAAUGCUGCAGCCUUUUCUUUGCGACUGACUCCGAAGAGUCUUUUUGA